AUGAUUGACUACAUGCAGCAAGUGUUGCGGGUGUUCGAAACUUGUACGGGCUGGAACCGCGACAACAGCUACGAAAACAUCACGGCAACGUCCGAAAACCUGCUUAAUUUUAGCAUACCAGAAGGCUUAAAAUGCCAGAUAUCUAACAGCUCGACCGCGCACACGUUCUCGACGUUCGAGCUCUCGAAUAACACGGUGAUCAAUGGGUCGUUGGCAUAUUUGUACUGCACGGGCAAGGGCGUGGGCAGUUCUGUGAGCAGCUCACGCACGGUGCAGCUGCAAGACGCGGUGGAGACGUACCGGCAGAUUCGACCGCUGUACCAGAACCGGGAGGCAAGAAAGGGGUUCGAACCGUGUGCCCUGUGGUUCGGACGCAUGUACUACCCGAGCUCGACGCUGGAGGCCAUGGUCGUCAAACGGCUGAGUCCCGAAACGCAACUCGUGGCCAAGUGUCUCAGCAGUCUCGCCCACACCAGCGUGCUCACGCUGUACUGGCAGAGAGACUCAGGCAAGAACUUCCAGGAGUGGGUGGUGUCAUCUAACGAGGCUCUGGUCGGCUACCGUGUGCUGCACAACUUCGUGGGCAGCCAAUCGAAACUCAACACCUCGCUCUACAACAACUCGUCGCUGUCUCUGGGUGCAGAGCUCUGGUUCGGACUUUUGAACACAAGUCCCGCAUGUUCGACCACGCUGCGGUAUUGCACGCAUUCGGCCAACACGGGCAAGCCCCUGACGCUAACUCUGUCGUGGAAUCCACUUUUUGGCCAUGUUUCGUCGACGUACUCGGUGAAAACUUCGUCAAACGCCACUAUCAGUACGAAAUUCGACUUCAACUUGUACUCGAUCGAGUCCAACUUGUCGUUUGGCUGUGAAUUGUGGAGAAGAGGGGCAAGCAGGGCUGUUCCUACUGAAAACGCUUUUGUUCAAGACGCAGUUCGCGCGCCCAGCGCGCAAAAACGGCCCACAGACACGAAAGACAUGUUUUACCAUUUGAUGGCUGGUUCUUCCAACUCUCAAAAGUUGCUAGACGACCUGAACGUAACAUUUGCCUCGUCCCUCCACAAGAUUAACAGAGAACGUUCAAUCAUCCAAAAAUUCGAAAAGUCACUAAUAGACUCCAACUUCACCAGCGUUUGCAGACUUAGCACGAGUUUGAGGGACAAAAAUUUGAAAGUGCAGUGGGAAGGCCGGUACAAGGGGUUUUUGAUUUCUGCUGGAACUGAACUCGCCAACACCCCGCUGGAUUUACCAGCCAACAUGGUAGAUGAACCGAAAACCGCUAGUUUCUUUAAACCUGCAAAGUUUGGUGUUCAAUUGCAAUUCUCUAUGUAA